AUGGCAACCAGAGAUUCAAGUGCCAAAUUACAUUGUGAGCCAUUGCGGGAGUACUGCUCGUUUUCUAAUGUUAAAUCAGUGGUUCGUGGCUUUGUUUAUGAAUAUGAAACGCCAAAAAUUGUUACAAUACAUUCAAUUUCAAUUGCUCUUAUGUGUCGUCUUAUUCAAUUACUUAUUUUAAUAUACGGUGUCAUAUAUUUAAUGAUACAUAAGAAAGGUUACCAAGAGACCGAUACCUCAAUUAUUUCAUCGAUUACAUUAAAAGUGAAAGGUAUUGGCUAUAAUCAAACAGGACAAAAUAAAACUUUAGUUAUCGAUGGUGCAGAUUAUAUUGUUCCACCACAAGAGAAUAAUGCAUUAUUUUUAAUGACAAAUUUUAUUCGUACUGAUCAAGAACAUGGAAAAUGUCCUGAAUCACCCGAUGAGAAAAUGUCUAGUUGUACAGAUAAUGAUUAUUGCUUAGCUAAUCAAAAUUUUCAAAAGGCUAAUGGAAAAUGGACUGGGAUUUGUUUAAUAAAAAAUAAUUCGUUCGUAAACGCUUCUGAAACUAGGCAAGGUAGAUGUGAACUUGAAGGUUGGUGUCCAGUUGAAAAUGAUCGUAAUAUACCAUUUCCAAUUCGCGAUGCAUUAAACUUUACUAUAUUCGUUAAAAAUUUUAUCGAAUUUCCACGUUUUAAAGUGAUUAGAAAAAAUAUUCAAGAAGAUGCAGCCUAUUUGAAACGGUGUCACUAUGACCAGGGCGAGCAUAAAGGAUGUCCAAUAUUUCGUGUUGGUACUUUACUUGAUAUUGUUGAAUCAGAUCCAUUCGAACAAUUAAAAAUGUUACAAUUAGGUGGUGUUAUACGUCUUAAAAUACAUUGGAAUUGUAAUUUAGAUAAAUCAUUAAAUCUUUGUAAGCCUGAAUAUUCAUUUGGACGACUAGAUGGUCCAUAUAAAGAACAAUCAUUUUCACAUGGAUUUAAUUUUCGGUUUGCAUCACAUUGGAAACAUCACAAUCGAUCAUAUCGAACAUUAACUAAGGCAUAUGGUCUCCGUUUCAUUAUUUCUGUUAGUGGUCUAGCUGGUCGUUUUGACGUAAUAACAUUAACAUUAAAUAUUGGUUCGUUGAUUGGUAUUCUCGGGCUAGCAACAUUUAUAUGUGACAUAGUUGCUUUAUAUGUUCAUCGUCAAUCAGAUGUAUAUCGUCAGCAGAAAUUUCAAGAUGUUGAUUUACAUUUUCAACAAAUAGAAAGUUUGAAAACUCUUCCAACAGAUAGUUCAACAGAACAAACAAGACGAAGAUAUCUUAAUCAUAUUGACGACACUGUAUUAAAUAAUCAUACAGCAGAUAAUGGCGACGCAACACAGAAUGUCGAAACUGCAUCAAAAACAGAAUUUCAACUAGAAGAAGUUAAUCAGCGUAGUUUAUAUGAUAAUUUACAGCCAACACCAAAACAAAUAAGUCAACAGUCAACACCACAAGGUGCUUUUAUAAAUAUUCAACGACCAAAAUCAGGCUCAACAUCUUCAAAUGGAAGUUCAUUACUAUCAUCUAUAAAACAAAAAUAUGCAACAAGACGAUCACAAUUACCACAUUUAUCGAGUGAAGAAAAUCAAUUAUAUGAUAAAUCCAAUAUAUUUUUUGUCGAUGAAGAUACUCCAGAAUUGAAUGAGAGAAACGAGUUACGCGGACGAUCUGAUGAGAAUAAGCAGCUUAGUAAUAGUUCAUCAACUAAUCAUGGAUUAUCUGUUAGACCAACUUCAACAGUUGAAACACUUUUAUAG